AUGGGCCCCUGUACCGCCUCCUCAUGCUGCUGCCAGGCCCGUAAUCUGCCAUGGGCCCCCGUACCGCCUCCUCAUGCUGCUGCCAGGCCCGUAAUCUGCCAUGGGCCCCCGUACCGCCUCCUCAUGCUGCUGCCAGGUCCAGAGUGUGUCAUGGGUCCCUGUACGGCCUCCCAUUGCUGCUGUCUCCAUCGCCACACUCUGCCAUGUGCCACUUUCAGGUCUCCUCACACUGCUGGUGGGUUCCAUUUUUGUCAUAGGGUGCUGUAUGGCCUCCCAUUGCUGCUGCCUCCACCGCCACACUGUGGCUCCACACUCUGGUUUUGGCCCCGUGACUGCCCAAAUGAGUGAAGUGUGCGGUGAUUCUAAGAUCGACGGCACUCAUCUGCAUGUCAUACUGACUGACAAUAUUAUUUCUCUUCCCCAGCAGACUCCAAGGGCAUUUAAAUUAAAGGUACAGUGUUCUGCACUAAUAUAA